AAUGUCUUGUCUGUGACUAUCCAAGAGAAAGGGGGAGGAGCAACCCACUUGUUCUUAUUGCUGUGUAAUUGUAAUCCACAGCAAGUGUCGCUCCCGAAAUACUGAACGUUUUGCAACCUACAAGAACAUUGGACUGUGUGCAUUUUUUUUACAACCGAAUCAUACGUGUUGGGGCAAGUUGGUUGAACAGGCUGUUCGCAACAGUCUUAUCUUAACACAGGAACAUAUUAACAUAAAUUAGACGGGCGGAAGGCACUUGCUUUGUAUUGGAACCAUAACAUUAAACAGCUGGCCUUAUGUUUGGGGGGGAAAGAAAGGGGAUUUUUUUUUAUAGGUAACACAGGAUUUUGAUUGGGGGGGGGAGCUGUCGCAUGGAAACUAUUUAAGCAGCUCGGAAGUGCUAUUUGCUGUGCAUCAGCACUGCUGCCUGUUCUCCUGGACGAGGGCUAGCGCUGUUAGAAAGAGGUUAGCUGUAGUGUUUAUACCAUAUCGAGCAUCUCAUCCAAAUGCUGCCUCGUUUUCUGUCGAGAGGAACUCUGACCGGCUGAGGGAGUGUGUGAGCACAGGGCGGGUACAGACGCUUGCGAUGAAGCCACUGAAGAGUUCGGAUGGACGACAAUGGUGCAACUGAGAUAGAGAGCGAGAAAAGAACAUGAGUUACGUUUCUACCUUUCACAUCCGACUGCAAAAACCCUGUCAGCAACCGGGCGACAAGCAGGCGCCGUCUCCAGCAAAGGUUGGGACUGGAGCUCGGAGGUCAGAUGCUGACUCUAUCAGUGCAGAGUGCCCUGUAUUCGCACAACCCUUAACAGAUGUCACUGUGGAUGAAAGCAGCACCAUCACGCUACAGGCAAAAGUUACUGGAACUUCUCCAAUCACUAUCACUUGGUAUCUAAAUGGUCAAACGGCAAAGUUCGGCAGGUCUUCUUUCAGCAAUGGAGUCGCUCAGUGGGUGGUUGAGGACUGUUUGCCAGAGGAUGCUGGAAUAUAUGGAUGUGUUGCAGAAAAUGUUGCAGGAAGGGCGUCCUGCAGUGCUACAGUGACAGUCCGAGACUUUGAAACUCUUCAGCAACGCCAUCAUUUGCCCAAGCAAAUGAGCAACACUAACUGUGAAGGUAGGAUUGGUGACAGUCAGACUAUAUUUGAAGAAAACCAUCAUGGUGCUGGAGCCAAGGCUGAAAUGGCCCAAUUUUCAACCCUCAACUUCAGUAGUCAAGAUGACCAACAGAGUACAAAGAACAGAAGUCUUCCUAAAGAUUCAUCCCCUUCGAGGAAGAAGCUGUCUUCUAAACCAGCAGAGCCGCCUCAGUUAGUGGAUCCCCAGACGUACUUGGAGGUAAAGGCAGGACAGCAGGCAGAGCUGUAUGUUGGGGUUGUAGGAACUCCACCCAUUGCUGCUAUAUGGCUGAAACGGAAAGAUCAGAUCCUGAAUAGUUCUCGAACUUCUGUAGACACAACAGACACUGAGACCAAAUUGGUGAUAAAAGAUGUGCAAAUGGACGAUGCUGGUUAUUACACACUGGUGGUGAAGGAUCGAAAUGGGAGUGUGCAACAUCGGAUCAGCCUGGCUGUUGUAGACAGGCCAGAGCCUCCGUCUGGAAGACCACGUGUUUCAGAGAUCUGUGGGACCUCUCUCUCACUGUCCUGGUCUGGUCCAUGUUAUGAUGGUGGGAGCGCUAUCCAGUCCUAUAUCAUUGAGAUGCAGCAGUCUGGAGAGUCUGAGUGGAGAAGAUUGACUGAUUCGUGUAGUAGCACCUCCUAUCAAGUGAACGGUCUGAAGCUGGACGGAGAGUACAGUUUUCGUAUAUACGCAGUGAACUCUUGUGGCAUUAGUGAAGUAGGAGAGGAAUCUAAACCUGUCAAGCUAACUGACAUCAAAGAGAAAGAAGAAAAAGAAGAGUUAGGCACUCAUGUGACAAUAAAUACAACUCAGAAGCUGACUGAUCUUUACGUACAGCAGGAAUGUCUUGGAGUAGGGACAUUUGGAAAGGUUUAUAAACUGUUGCAAAAAUCCACAGGAAAAACUCGAGCAGGCAAGUUUUAUAAAGCUCGUACGACUAAAGAUAAGAAGAGUGCACGCGAUGAGAUUGAGAUAAUGAACUGUCUGCACCACCCAAAGCUGGUUCAGUGCCUGGACGCGUUUGAGAGUCGGACUGAGAUUGUCAUGGUGAUGGAAUAUAUUUCUGGAGGCGAGCUCUUUGAGCGUAUUGUGGAUGAGGAUUUUGAGCUAACGGAGCCUACCUGUGUCCUGUAUGUCCGCCAAAUCGUGGCUGGCUUGCAGUUCAUGCACCAACAGAGCAUUGUGCACCUGGACCUGAAGCCAGAGAAUAUAGUGUGUGUCGACAAGAACGGCAUGCUCAUUAAAAUAAUUGACUUUGGACUGGCACGAAAACUUGAUUGUAGUGGCUCAGUGAAAGUAAUGUUUGGAACACCAGAGUUUGUUGCACCAGAAGUGAUCAAUUAUGACCCAAUAGGGUUCACUACAGAUACUUGGAGCAUUGGAGUUAUCUGCUACAUCCUGUUGAGUGGAUUGUCUCCGUUUCAAGGGGACUCUGACACUGAGACCCUGACCAAUGUCACCGCUGUUUCUUGGGAGUUUGAUGAGGAAGCAUUUGCCGAGAUCUCUGAAAAUGCAAAGAAUUUCAUCAGCUCUUUGCUACAGAAGAACAUGAGGAGACGGUUAACCUGUGAGGAGUGCCUCAACCAUCCAUGGCUACAGAGCACAGAGCAGGGAGUUGCUAAGACGCUGUCAAAAGAGAGAAUGAAACGGUUCCUAGCUAAGCAGAAAUGGAAGAAAGCUGGGAAGGCACUUCUUGCCCUCAAGAGACUAGCCUUGCCAUUGAACAAACCAGACAAUGCAGAAUCUGCACCCACUUCUCAAGACAAAAAUGUAUUGAGCCCAACGCACCAACAGGAGGUGCUCUCCUCCCUGGAUGAGCAAAUUCAGAGGAAACCAUUUUUCAGUAAAACUUUGAAGGACUUGGAGGAACUGGAAGGCAGUGCAUCCUGUCUGCAGUGUCGUAUUGAAGGUUACCCGGACCCUGAAGUGAUUUGGUAUAAAAAUGAGGAUCCAAUCACAGAGUCUUCACACUUCCAGAUCGACUACCAAGAGGAUGGGAGCUGCUCACUAAUAAUUAUGAAUGUCACUCAGAUGGACUCAGGGUAUUAUACAUGCAAGGCGAUGAAUGCACUGGGGGAGGAGACCUCUUCAGCCACACUGACUGUUUACUCACUGGAUGUGAUGCAAUGCGGUUAAGAGUGGUGUUCAAAUAAACAUUUGAUCCAGUCUAUUUGCUCCCUGGACCCUAACCUCCAAUAUUGUGAUGGAAAUAGAGACAUCAAGCAAAUUUGGUGAUGAAUCUUGCUCUGUGAGUGGAGAUGAGUGCUCAAAUUCUAUUAGUUGAAAUUGCUGAUCAAGGAGAGAGUUCUGAAUAUUCUUGGGAAGACACUGAUAAAUGCUGAAUAUCCUGUAUGCUCAAACUGCAUAAUUAUGCAAGUAGUCAAGGUAUUGAGGUUUGUACUCCUCAGGGUUUGGUCCCUCAGUCCUUCCUUUCAAUUGCUAGUCACUGCUAUGAAGACUAAUUAUAAAGGUGUCUCUAAUCUGGAGCAUAGAGCCCAUUUAUAGUGAAGGAAGAGUUCUGUUACUUUAGAGACAAUAAACCAUUAUACUUGCCUUAUUCCUUUAGGGCCAAUGGAUCAACAAGAGAUGCGUUGCAUUCGAUUUGCAGAAUAAAAAGCAGUUUGAUUAAAUGUUUGCAGUCACACUUCUAGUAGUUUAACAGAAAAAUUGUAGCUGUUGCUGCAUAAAACAGUAUAACAGAAACAAUGCUUUAGUGAUCUAAUUGUAUGUGUUUGAGCAUUGCUAAGGACAGCAAUCUCUUAUUGAAAAUGUGAAGAUUAGCAUUUCCAACUGAAAAUUUUUAAACUUUUUUUUUUGUGAAAAUUUAAUGUGAUUGAGUGGAUUGAACCAUGUGCAAGUCCCAGUGAACAUUUGUUUUUAAAAUGAGUCAAGGUGAGCUGAGAAGCUUGGAGCCAAAUCCCAGCGAAAUGAAAUAGUGCCCACAGGUAGCUUGUUGGUUAUCUUUAGUGGGUGUUCUGUGCCCCCACUCUGGACAACACAUUGCAGGGAAUAUUUCAGCCUCAGGAAGGAACAGAGAUAAAUUUACUGGGAAAUCUUACUUGAGGAAGUUGUGGAAAUAAUUCUCGUUUUGUCACAAGGAAGUGCCUAAACAUUCAGCCCAUGUUGAUCAUCUUCAUCUCAGCUUGGUCAGUACCAAAUGCUGUGAGCUUGAUUCUGUCACUUGCUGCACCACCCCAGAGAAUUAUCUGUUGUUGAACAAUUUUAACUUUGGGCUUGAAAUCCGUUUAGCAUCAACACCAACACGCGCUGGAGUCUUGACAAGUAGACUGGAGCAUACUUCGGGGUAAAGAUUGUCAAUAAGCAACUGAAGAUAAGUGGUUAUUCUUUGUUCUUUUUCUUUCAGAGAACCUUGUUUAUGUCAUUGCAGCUCUAUCCUUUCCUUGAUAUCCUGCAUAUCACAAUCUCUCUGGAUCUUUGGUACUAUCCAUACAAUGCCAACACUCUGGUCUCACACUCACUUUAAUUUCACCUCUCUUAUUUUGUGUUUGCUGCAAACCUGUUCAUGUGAUCUUCCUUGCCAACAUACCCCCCCCCCAAAAAAAAAAUUAGCAAUUCAUCUGUAAUCUUUCUUUUUUUUUUGAAAUGUGACACCUUAAUGUAACUAAAUCAUUUAUUAAGACUCAUGUCAAUAAAAUCCUUGCUUUUAGGACAUGUAUGAGAAUAUGAAGUGGUAUUUCACAAUGAAGGGUUUCUGCACCUGUUAAUUAGAAAUCCUGUUCUUAAUGUGUAAAGACUCCUUGUAUAAACAUUUCAGAAAAUGUAAAUAUGAUAGCGCUUAAUAUCCACUAAUUGUCUUAGACAACAUUGUAUGACUGCCCUCAUUUAAUAUCUGAGCAUUAUAAAAUGGAUUUUGUCAAAUUUAAGACUUUGAAACUUGUAUUAAACUCCUGAGUGUGUGUUUUUUUUAAAUUUAUUGCAUCAGACAAAUAAUGACCUGUAACUCUAGUACUCUUCUCUCCAAUGAGGAAAGCUGCUUACCUUCUAAUCCAGUGUGAAUCUUCAUUAUCCAAUGGAAGUUCUGUUGAAUAUAAAACAUUUAAAGUAUCACAUUUUAACAGACCUGAAGUAUUAAAUCUUGUGCAAUACAAAACAUAUUUUGCC